AUGAUCAUUUCGAAGCCCCACAGGCGCAUCAUCUACGAGUCCCUCUUCAAGGAGGGCGUGUUGGUCGCCAAGAAGGACUACAAUGCCCCCAAGCACGAGGAGCUCGAUGUGCCUAACCUGGAGGUCAUCAAGGCCAUGCAGAGCCUUACUUCCAAGGGCCUCGUGAAGACCCAGUUCUCCUGGCAGUGGUACUACUACGUCCUCACUCCCGAGGGUGUUGACUUCCUGCGCGAGUGGCUCAACCUCCCCAGCGAGAUUGUCCCCUCCACGCACAAAAAGGCGGUCCGUCCCCCCCGCCCUGCGCAGGUCCGUGGUCCCGGUGGCGAUGGCGCCUACCGUGCGCCCCGCGGCGACCGCGACGACUACAGGAAGAAGGAGGGUGCCCCCGGAGAGUUCAGGCCACAAUUCGCCGGUGUCGGCCGUGCGCCCCCACGCGCUCCCUUCAGCUUCUCCUCCUCAUUUCUCACGAUGGGCACGCUCAUCGCCUCUUUCGUGGUGCUCUGUACGUUCGCGUCCUACGCGAGCACCGAAUUUGCGCUCGUCUCUGCACAGCCAGUCUACGCACUUUACCCCUCUUUCUUCGCCGCGAUGGUCGUGGGAGGCGCCUGCGCCUGCAUAUGCUACUGGCCGACGAUGCUCGCGGUGCUCUGCUUCCAGAUACUCUUCGACACCGACAUCCGCAAGGGCGGGACCCCGCCACCGGGCGCCCAGCCCGCACAGCCUCCCCAUUACGGUGAAUUCGUGAUGUCGCUGUUCCACGACGCCGCGAACACAAUUAAGCUCGCGCUCGUCAUCGCGCCCGUAUAUGCUAUGACGUUGGGCAGCUCAAGCGAGGCGCAUGUCGGAAGUAGGGCGCUCGAAGCUGCAGCGGGCGGGCAACUCGCCGCCGCAAUCAUGACCAUGAGGAUUAUGGUGGUGGGGAUGCGGGAGAUAUGGGGCCUAGUGCCAUUGGUCGUCUUCAGGCUGGAUCGGGAUGCGGGGACAUAGCGGCUUGGGAGUUUUUGGAGGCGUUCUGGGACAAACGAGUCAGCACGCCGAGCUCACCGCUACCCAUGCUUUUUUUCAACCUCCCCUGAGCUCACCUGAGCUGCUGCGCGCGGGAUGCCAUUGCCUGACAACAGAUCUUCGAAUUCUAUCCACACGCCCUUUUCGCUUCCCAUCUGGUAUACUUCGCGGAAGGGUUCACCCGCACCCCUGAAUUCGGUGAGAACUGCCCACCAUGUGUAUCGUACUCUAUUCUCUAGUCUCCAUAUUG